AUGGAGCUUCCUGAUCUAGCAGCUCGAUAUUUCGAACUUUGGCCAUGUAACGUGCACCUACGGAGUACUCGAUGGCGGUAUCAGCAGGACAACUACAGCGCCGUUGCAGCGUGUCAGGUCUGCUGGAAGCACUCCCGUCUGAAAUCGAUGGCUACGACAUCGUUGGCUGACGAUCGCUGUACACCGGUGGCUUACGGUGGGAAAUGGAUAGGCAAGAGCCUGUCGCGUUGA